UGAAACUUGUAACAACAAAGCUGUCAAUUCGGCUAGUGGAUUUUACACGACGAAAUUGUUUUCAAAUUAAAAACUUCAACUCUAAUCCAGAUUGAAUUAAGAAACAUGGCUGCACUUGUUGUACAAUCUCGGUUUGCCGGACUUAAAAUUGAGGACGACGACUACCCUCCUACCGGGGAUGUUCAGAAAUCUAAGAAAGUGAAAGCUCCAAGUGCUGCUAAGAAGCCUGCUGAACCUCCUAAAAAAAAUAAAAGUGCUACUAAGACUCAGGCUGCUCCAAAGAAGAAGAAGCCCAAGCAAAAUGCUGCUACUUCUGAACAAUGGGAAACUUGGAAGCAGAAGGAUGAGGAACUUGUGGACGGCAACUUUGAGAGUGAACUACAACAGGCUAUACUUUUAUCAAAACUAGAUUACGAAGAGAAAAAAGAUGUUUACAAACAGAUAAAGAAAGAUGCUGAAAAUGAGAAGAAAUUGAGUGAACAGAAUUCACGCACCACAACAAAGAAACAAAAGAAGAAAAAUGUGAUGAGCCUUGAUCAGUUUAAUGAUAUGGUGAAUUCUGGUGAAGAAAAAGUCAACUUUGAAGAUGCAAUUGACACUUUUGAAGUUGAAAAAGCUGCUGAAAAGGAUACCGAGUUUUUUGAAAGAAUCAAAGAUGACACAAAACAAGAGCUUAUCAAAGACAAAAUCAUUGACAAAGUCCGACACCGUUUGGCAGUCUCAGAUGAGGUCAUAACUAGAGUUCAGUUUAUUGAUGCCCUUGAGCGGAAAGAUAAAGAGAUAUUAGCUUUACGAGAAGAAGUAAGUUCUAUUAAAAAGGAGCUUUUGACAGUAAAAUCAAGGAAUAAAAAAUUGUGUAAUAUACUUGGCCAGGGCGAAAUGAAAGACAAAGCCGAAGUAUUAAUGGAAGUUGAAAACUUGCGAACCAUGCAGUCGGAGCUAAAUGCCGAAUUGGCAGCUUUGCACACCGAACUCGAAAAAGAACGUUCAAAGAAUGCUCAGGACCCUCGAACUAAAGAUAAGAAAUACUCUGCUAAAAAGAAAAAUAUUCGAUUUGAUGUUUCUUCCGAAGCAAUAAUAUCAAAAGAAUCAAGUACAGGAACUGCUUAAUUUAUGACUGUGAAAUAUCAAACAAUUUUGUUAGUAGCUACAUUCUUUCUUGAAAUAAAGAACUUUGAAGAUUAA